UGGCAAGUGAAUCCCCUUCACAUUGUAUGCAAUCUCUUCACUUCUUUCUCGUUUAUAUUACUCAAAUCCCCCGCUCUCUUCACCCCCUAUAAAUCCCAUCUCAACCCCACCAUUUCUCCACCAUCACACCCCACAAUUUCCUCUCAAUUCCCCCCAAGAUCUGCUCCUUUUCCUUCAGAGAAGAAAGAAAAUGUCGAAGCCAGCGACACCGGUGGCGCCGCCGCUCAAGGACGAGUUGGACAUAGUGAUUCCGACCAUUAGGAACUUGGAUUUCCUGGAAAUGUGGCGGCCCUUCUUCCAGCCGUACCAUCUGAUCAUCGUUCAAGAUGGGGACCCGACUAAGACAAUCAAGGUGCCGGAGGGGUUCGACUACGAGCUCUACAAUCGGAACGACAUCAACCGGAUCCUGGGGCCAAAAGCCUCCUGCAUCUCCUUCAAAGACUCCGCCUGCCGCUGCUUCGGGUUUUUGGUCUCGAAGAAGAAGUACAUCUUCACCAUUGAUGACGAUUGCUUUGUGGCCAAAGAUCCAACUGGAAAAGAGAUCAAUGCUUUGCAACAGCACAUACAAAACCUGCUUACUCCAUCCACACCAUUCUUUUUCAACACAUUGUAUGACCCCUUCAGAGACGGUGCUGAUUUUGUCCGUGGCUACCCAUUUAGCAUGAGAGAAGGAGUUCCAACUGCUGUCUCUCAUGGACUCUGGCUCAACAUCCCUGACUAUGAUGCCCCAACUCAGCUUGUCAAACCCCUUGAGCGCAACACCAGGUAUGUGGAUGCUGUACUGACGAUUCCCAAAGGAACCCUGUUUCCUAUGUGUGGGAUGAACCUUGCAUUCGACAGGGAACUCAUUGGCCCUGCCAUGUACUUUGGGCUAAUGGGUGAUGGCCAACCUAUUGGGAGAUAUGACGAUAUGUGGGCUGGCUGGUGCACUAAGGUAAUCACAGACCACUUGGGUCUUGGGGUGAAGACUGGGCUGCCAUACAUCUGGCACAGCAAGGCUAGCAACCCAUUUGUGAAUCUGAAGAAAGAAUACAAGGGCAUUUACUGGCAGGAGGACAUCAUUCCGUUCUUCCAAUCUGUAACUCUCCCAAAGGAAUGCACAACCGUGCAGAAAUGCUACACCGAGCUGUCCAAGUUGGUCAAAGAGAAGCUUGGCCCUAUCGAUCCUUACUUCCAGAAGCUUGCUGAUGCUAUGGUCACAUGGAUCGACGCUUGGGACGAGCUCAACUCUCCCGCUCAGUCUGCUCCCGCAGCUGCUGAUGCCAAGAAGGAUGGAUCCUCUUCCAAAAAGAAGUAGAGUUGGUUCAGUUUCUUAUACAGAUCACAUCUCCAUAUCAAUCCUUAAUUUCCAACUCUGGCUUCUUGCAUCCCGUGUUUUUUCUGUCGUGUCUGUUUUUCCAGUAUCGUAUUUUAGGAAAUGAGAUAUCGCUAUUGACGGUUCAGAGGUCUUAAGUUAUUCUAUCUGUUGGCUAAAACUUUCUAUACAUCAUUUUUAUUAUAACAUA